UCAGGACGAUGAAUGUGGUAGUAAGAGCGCUGCUGCUGCUGGUGGUGGUGUCGUCACAAGUUCAGGGCGGAAAGAGGGACUGUGAGGCGGCUGGCGGGAGAUGUGUUCCCGCCAAAGCCUGUGACGUCACCUCUUCUCAACAUGGCUGCCAGGGGCAAGAUAAAGUCUGCUGCAUUAACACUCCAUCAGGCGAGAACAAGAACGUAAAGAUAAAUAGAACCUCCGGAGAAAAAAAGAUUGAGAGGAAACGGAAGCCACUCAAAAGAAAUAAGAACAAGAGAAUUAGCAAGAAAGCAUACCAGCUGAAGGAGUCCAAAGAUAAAGUGAGGAAGCUGAGAGCUGGUCGCCAUGACACCAGAGAUGAAGGUGACGACAAAUACGGAGGAGGCAACACUUGCGAGGAUACGGGCGGACGGUGUCACCCCAAGAAAUACAAGUGUAAGAAGAUUAAAGCCAAGGGAUGCGCAAGAGGAGAAAAAUGCUGUGAAGGAACGAAUGGCGGACCAGCGCACCAUGGUGGACCAGCGCACCAUGGAGGACCAGCACAUCAUGGUGGACCAGCACACCAUGGUGGUAUGGUGGGUCCCCCUGGUCACCCAGGUCGCCCUGGAGAUGAUGGAAAACCAGGUCCUCCAGGUCCUGCAGGUCCUGUAGGUCCUGUAGGUCCCCAAGGUCCUCCCGCAAAAGACGGAGUGCCUGGCACAAACGGUAUUAACGGUAUAGAUGGAGUUCCUGGCAUAAACGGUACUCAAGGCAAGGAUGGCUCUCCUGGAGUGGCCGGUCCUCCAGGCAAAGAUGGCGCUCCUGGUAUGGUCGGUCCUCCAGGCAUGAACGGUUCACAAGGUCAGAAUGGCAUUCCGGGCAAGGACGGUGCUAAUGGCACAAACGGUGCACCCGGUAUGGACGGUGCUCCAGGCUUGCCCGGUCAUCCAGGCAGGAGGGGAGAUCCGGGCACCAACGGUAUUCCAGGUACUAAUGGUUCUAACGGCAAAGACGGUGUUCCAGGUACUAAUGGCGUUAAUGGAACUAACGGCAAAGACGGUGCUACAGGAGCUCAAGGGUUCCAAGGUCUCCCAGGUCUUCCAGGUCCUCCAGGAGUCAAUGGCAUUAACGGUGCUAACGGAGCACCAGGUUUUAAUGGUACUAAUGGUCUACCAGGUUCUCAAGGCCCUCCAGGAUCUAUAGGUGCAUCAGGACCUCCUGGACCAGCAGGAUCUGCAGGACCACCAGGAGCCACAGGGUCUCAGGGAGCUGUAGGUCCUGUAGGCCCAGCAGGACCUGCAGGAGCAAAUGGAACGAAUGGUGCACCUGGACCGCCAGGAGCACAAGGAGCUACUGGAGUUCCAGGACCAUCAGGAGCUUCUGGAGCUACUGGAGCCCAAGGAGCAACUGGUGCUAUAGGUCCAAGUGGACCUCAAGGAGUAAGUGGGCCUCCAGGUCCUUCAGGGCCUCCAGGAGCUACUGGUGGUACUGGACCACCUGGGCCCCCAGGACCUUCUGGUCCCCCAGGUUCAAACAGUCCUCCCGGAAAAUCAGGAGAAGGAGGAGGAGGAGGAGGAGGAGGAGGAGGAGGAGUAGUAGUAGUACCUGCGAAGUAAAAGUUGUCCUUCAAACUGCAAACCGAAAUUUUGCAGCUAAGGUGCCUGAAAU